CCGGCCGGCUCUCUGCUCCCCGAAGCUGGGGAGCCGGGGGCGCUCUCCCGGGCCGCAAGCAGGCACGGAAUUUGACGCCCGAGAGGCAGAUGGUUCUGGCUAGGACUCCUGAUUCUUCUCAGAUGGAAACAGUUUCUCCCGGUGAACCUGCCGGAAUUCUCAGUGGACUCGAUCUUCAGCUUUGUCCACUGGCGCAUUUCACCAAGGCCGCAUUUACCGCUUUGAGGCAAAUUUGAGCUUCAAAUGGAGCGGGACUCCUGGUUGCAGAACGAGAUUCUUGCUGAGAGAACUACAAAAGGAUGGACUCCAGCAAGAGGAAAAAUGAAUCUAAGGAAUGGAGUGGGAUAUAAGCAAUAGCAGUGAGGAGGAGGAAGAGAAGCAGAAGAGCAGCUGGAGGCCGGCGGUGGCUGAGCAGCCCCCACACCUUUGAGCGAGCCGCCUGCCUCUCCACCGGCAAGGAAGCCCUGGGACCUCCGGAUUCGGGCUGCCGGAGGGCCUGAGCGCCAGAGCCCAGGACCCGGCGGCCGGGGGCGCCAUCCCCUCAUGUUCUGGAGAAGGCGCAAAUGUGAUGUCAUGCCCAUUGUUUUGGUGCGCCCAACCAAUCGGACUCGCCGCCUGGAUUCUACCGGAGCCGGCAUGGGCCCUUCCUCGCACCAGCAGCAGGAGUCCCUGCUCCCGACCAUAACGCAUUGCGCAGGGUGCACCACCGCUUGGUCUCCCUGCAGCUUUAACAGCCCUGACAUGGAAACCCCAUUGCAGUUCCAGCGCGGCUUCUUCCCAGAGCAGCCGCCGCCGCCGCCGCGCUCCUCACACCUGCAUUGCCAGCAGCAGCAACAGAGCCAGGACAAGCCGUGCCCGCCCUUCGCGCCCCUCCCGCACCCUCACCACCACCCGCACCUCGCGCACCAGCAGCCGGCCAGCGGCGGCAGCAGCCCAUGCCUCCGGUGCAACAGCUGCGCCUCCUCCGGUGCCCCGGCAGCGGGGGCGGGAGAUAACCUGUCCCUGCUGCUCCGCACCUCCUCGCCCGGCGGCGCCUUCCGGACCCGCACCUCCUCGCCGCUGUCGGGCUCUUCCUGCUGCUGCUGCUGCUGCUCGUCGCGCCGGGGCAGUCAGCUCAAUGUGAGCGAGCUGACGCCGUCCAGCCAUGCCAGUGCGCUCCGGCAGCAGUACGCGCAGCAGUCCGCGUCCGCCUCCCAGUACCACCAGUGCCACAGUCUGCAGCCCGCCGCCAGCCCCACGGGCAGCCUCGGCAGUCUGGGCUCCGGGCCCCCGCUCUCGCACCACCACCACCACCCGCACCCGGCGCACCACCAGCACCACCAGCCCCAGGCGCGCCGCGAGAGCAACCCCUUCACCGAAAUAGCCAUGAGCAGCUGCAGGUACAACGGGGGCGUUAUGCGGCCGCUCAGCAACUUGAGCGCGUCCCGCCGGAACCUGCACGAGAUGGACUCAGAGGCGCAGCCCCUGCAGCACCCCGCGUCUGUCGGAGGAGGUGGCGGCGCGUCCUCCCCGUCUGCAGCCGCUGCCGCCGCCGCCGCUGCUUCGUCCUCAGCCCCCGAGAUCGUGGUGUCUAAGCCCGAGCACAACAACUCCAACAACCUGGCGCUCUAUGGAACCGGCGGCGGAGGCAGCACUGGAGGAGGCGGCGGCGGUGGCGGGAGCGGGCACGGCAGCAGCAGUGGCACCAAGUCCAGCAAAAAGAAAAACCAGAACAUCGGCUACAAGCUGGGCCACCGGCGCGCCCUGUUCGAAAAGCGCAAGCGGCUCAGCGACUACGCGCUCAUCUUCGGCAUGUUCGGCAUCGUGGUCAUGGUCAUCGAGACCGAGCUGUCGUGGGGCGCCUACGACAAGGCGUCGCUGUAUUCCUUAGCUCUGAAAUGCCUUAUCAGUCUCUCCACGAUCAUCCUGCUCGGUCUGAUCAUCGUGUACCACGCCAGGGAAAUACAGUUGUUCAUGGUGGACAAUGGAGCAGAUGACUGGAGAAUAGCCAUGACUUAUGAGCGUAUUUUCUUCAUCUGCUUGGAAAUACUGGUGUGUGCUAUUCAUCCCAUACCUGGGAAUUAUACAUUCACAUGGACGGCCCGGCUUGCCUUCUCCUAUGCCCCAUCCACAACCACCGCUGAUGUGGAUAUUAUUUUAUCUAUACCAAUGUUCUUAAGACUCUAUCUGAUUGCCAGAGUCAUGCUUUUACAUAGCAAACUUUUCACUGAUGCCUCCUCUAGAAGCAUUGGAGCACUUAAUAAGAUAAACUUCAAUACACGUUUUGUUAUGAAGACUUUAAUGACUAUAUGCCCAGGAACUGUACUCUUGGUUUUUAGUAUCUCAUUAUGGAUAAUUGCCGCAUGGACUGUCCGAGCUUGUGAAAGGUACCAUGAUCAACAGGAUGUUACUAGCAACUUCCUUGGAGCGAUGUGGUUGAUAUCAAUAACUUUUCUCUCCAUUGGUUAUGGUGACAUGGUACCUAACACAUACUGUGGAAAAGGAGUCUGCUUACUUACUGGAAUUAUGGGUGCUGGUUGCACAGCCCUGGUGGUAGCUGUAGUGGCAAGGAAGCUAGAACUUACCAAAGCAGAAAAACACGUGCACAAUUUCAUGAUGGAUACUCAGCUGACUAAAAGAGUAAAAAAUGCAGCUGCCAAUGUACUCAGGGAAACAUGGCUAAUUUACAAAAAUACAAAGCUAGUGAAAAAGAUAGAUCAUGCAAAAGUAAGAAAACAUCAACGAAAAUUCCUGCAAGCUAUUCAUCAAUUAAGAAGUGUAAAAAUGGAGCAGAGGAAACUGAAUGACCAAGCAAACACUUUGGUGGACUUGGCAAAGACCCAGAACAUCAUGUAUGAUAUGAUUUCUGACUUAAACGAAAGGAGUGAAGACUUCGAGAAGAGGAUUGUUACCCUGGAAACAAAAUUAGAGACUUUGAUUGGUAGCAUCCACGCCCUCCCUGGGCUCAUAAGCCAGACCAUCAGGCAGCAGCAGAGAGAUUUCAUUGAGGCUCAGAUGGAGAGCUACGACAAGCACGUCACUUACAAUGCUGAGCGGUCCCGGUCCUCGUCCAGGAGGCGGCGGUCCUCUUCCACAGCGCCACCAACUUCAUCAGAGAGUAGCUAGAAGAGAAUAAGUUAACCACAAAAUAAGACUUUUUGCCAUCAUAUGGUCAAUAUUUUAGCUUUUAUUGUAAAGCCCCUAUGGUUCUAAUCAGCGUUAUCCGGGUUCUGAUGUCAGAAUCCUGGGAACCUGAACACUAAGUUUUAGGCCAAAAUGAGUGAAAAACUCUUUUUUUUUCUUUCAGAUGCACAGGGAAUGCACCUAUUAUUGCUAUAUAGAUUGUUCCUCCUGUAAUUUCACUAACUUUUUAUUCAUGCACUUCAAACAAACUUUACUACUACAUUAUAUGAUAUAUAAUAAAAAAAAAGUUAAUUUCUGCA